AUGAAUCUCUUCCGGUUGCUGGGCGACUUGUCUCAUUUGGCCUCGAUAUUAGUUUUGCUGCAUAAAAUACAGACGUCACGGUCAUGUCGAGGCAUUUCGUUUAAGACGCAAGCUCUAUAUGUCGCGGUCUUCGUAGCACGCUACUUGGACUUGUUCUGGCGAUAUAUCUCCCUCUACAACAGUGCCAUGAAAGUCUUCUUUAUUGGAAGCAGCUGUUAUAUCCUCUACCUAAUGAAGUACAGGUACAGACCAACAAACGACCCUUCAAUCGACACUUUCCGGAUUGAAUACCUUUUGGUUCCAUGCGCGAUCCUGUCCUUGAUUUUCAACUACAACUUUAUGCCUACCGAAAUCCUAUGGUCAUUCUCGAUCUUCCUGGAGUCCGUCGCUAUCCUUCCCCAACUGUUCAUGCUUCAACGCACGGGCGAAGCUGAAGCAAUCACCACCCAUUACCUUGCGGCACUAGGCAUCUACCGGGCCCUCUAUAUCCCUAAUUGGAUAUACAGGUACUUUACGGAGGGUGUCAUUGAUCCUAUCGCAGUGACGGCUGGUAUCGUCCAGACUGGCUUGUACCUCGACUUCUUCUAUGUCUAUUUCACGAAGGUGCUUCAGGGGCAGAAAUUCGAGCUCCCUGCUUGA